AUGUCCCAGCUAAUCACAGUUGCAACUUGCAACCUAAACCAAUGGGCUCUCGACUUUGAAGGUAACAGAGAUAGAAUCCUUGAAUCCAUCAGAAUUGCCAAAGAGAGAGGUGCAAAGCUCCGUGUUGGUCCAGAAUUGGAAAUCACUGGUUAUGGAUGUUUGGAUCACUUUCUGGAAGACGAUGUUCUUCUUCAUUCUUGGGAAAUGUAUGGCCAAAUCAUUGGACGUCCAGAAACCCAUGGCAUCUUAUUGGACAUAGGUAUGCCUGUUAUGCACAGAAAUGUUCGUUACAAUUGUCGUUUGCUAUCUCUUGACGGUAAGAUUCUGUUCAUCAGGCCAAAGGCUUGGCUUGCCAACGAUGGUAACUACAGAGAAAUGAGAUUUUUCACUCCUUGGGUGAAACCUGCCCAAACAGAGGAGUUCUUAUUGCCUCCAAUGAUUCAGAAAUUGACUGGGCAAUUCCGUAUUCCAUUUGGUGAUGCGGUCAUCAGUACUCUAGACACUUGUAUUGGUGCAGAAACAUGCGAGGAAUUGUUUACUCCGCAAUCCCCACACAUUGCGAUGUCGCUUGAUGGUGUUGAGAUCUUUACUAACUCAUCGGGCUCUCACCACGAAUUGAGGAAAUUGGACAAGAGAUUGGAUUUGAUUAUGAGUGCUACAAGGAGAUGUGGUGGUGUUUAUUUGUAUGCCAACCAGCGUGGGUGUGAUGGUGAUCGUUUGUAUUACGAUGGUUGUGCUUUGAUCUGUGUUAACGGAAAAAUUGUUGCACAAGGUUCUCAAUUCUGCUUGAAAGAUGUAGAAGUUGUCACUGCAACCGUUGAUUUAGAAUCGGUCAGGAACUACCGUAGUACUGUCAUGUCUAGAGGAUUGCAAGCAUCGUUAUCAGAGACUAAAUACAAGAGAAUUGAUGUGGAGGUUCAGUUGGCAACCAUGCGUGACAGAUUCAAUUCUGCUGUUGUUCCAACGGAGGCCAGAGAUGUCUUCUACCAUAUUCCACAAGAAGAAAUUGCUUUGGGUCCUGCUUGUUGGCUCUGGGAUUACUUGAGACGUUGUAACGGUACAGGUUAUUUCUUGCCUUUGUCAGGUGGUAUUGACUCUUGUGCUACUGCAAUGAUCGUCCAUUCCAUGUGCCGUUUAGUUGUUCAAGAAGCAAAUGCAGGUAACGAACAAGUAAUAAAGGACGCACGUAAUAUUGCACGUAUGGGUGACGAUUGGAUCCCUUCAAGUCCACAAGAAUUAGCAGGCAAGAUUUUCCACACUUGUUUUAUGGGAACAGAAAAUUCAUCUACUGAAACAAGGUCAAGAGCUAAGCAACUUGCUAAGGAUAUCGGUGCGUACCAUGUAGACUUGAACAUGGACUCUUUGGUGUCUAGUGUUGUCACUUUGUUUGAAGUCACUACUGGUAAGAGACCUAUUUUCAAGAUCUUCGGAGGCUCUCAAAUAGAGAAUUUGGCUUUGCAAAAUAUUCAAGCACGUUUGAGAAUGGUAAUAGCAUACUUGUUUGCUCAAUUAUUGCCAUGGGUUCGUUCAAUUCCAAAUUCCGGUGGUCUUCUUGUUUUAGGAAGUGCAAACGUUGAUGAGUGUCUAAGAGGUUAUUUGACUAAGUACGACUGUUCUUCUGCUGAUAUUAAUCCUAUUGGUGGUAUUUCUAAAACAGACUUGAAGAAGUUCAUUGCAUAUGCAUCAAAAGAAUAUGAAUUGCCAAUUCUUGAUGAAUUCCUCAAUGCUACUCCUACCGCUGAGUUAGAACCAAUUACCAAAGAUUAUGUUCAAUCAGACGAAAUAGAUAUGGGUAUGACUUACGAAGAACUAUCAGUGUUCGGCCGUUUGCGUAAAGUUGAGAAAUAUGGUCCUUUCUCAAUGUUCCUAAAGUUGUUACAUGAAUGGACUCCAAGAUUGACACCUGCCCAAGUUGCUGAAAAGGUUAAAAGAUUCUUCUUCUUCUACGCUAUCAAUAGACACAAACAAACUGUUUUGACUCCUAGUUAUCAUGCAGAACAAUAUUCGCCAGAUGAUAACCGUUUUGACUUGAGACCAUUCUUGAUCAAUCCACGUUUCCCAUGGGCUUUCAAAAAGAUAGAUGAAGUUGUGGCUCAAUGUGAGGGUAAAAUCGACGCUCUUGAUGUGAUGACUGUAGAAUGA